AUGACGAAAACAACUAAUUCUUCUGUUAACAAGGUACAGAAAGAUAAACACAAGUUUGUUCUUGUUGAAGAUGCUAAGAUCUCACGUUCGUGUGAUUUCUGUAAAUCUAAAAAGGUUAAAUGUGAUGGGAACAAACCAAGCUGUAAUUAUUGUUUAAACCACGGUACGUAUUAA